UAUUCUGCUUUGUGUUAAAGAGAAAAACAAGUGUAUGUGUGUCCCAGCGUUUGCUCCAUUGUGUGUGGUGUGGAUGGGCGUGGAGACUGUGUGGCUCAUAUUGAGGUCAGAUGGAGAAGCAGGAAAAAGGGAAUAAUACUCAGGAGAUCAAAUAAAGGAUGAAAGAGAUGGCAGCAGCGAGGUAGAGACAGAAGACAGAGGAGGAAGCACACAGUAGGUCAGCUGUCAGAGAGAGAGGGAGGGAGGGAGCGAGGUAGACGGAGAAAGUGGUGAGAGGUCCCCGAUGAGGAGAUGAACCUGUUUCCCCAGCAGGAGGAGGAGUCUGUCGACGGGAUUUGUUCCAGCGCGUGUUAGUGGUGUUUUAGGCAGCAUGAAAGAUUCAUGGAGAUGAAAAGGCUCGCCGGUCGUCUGGUCGGACAGUCUGAUGGGGACGUUGGUGGGGGAGGAAAACACUGGGAGGAGCUGGACUGGUGCACGUCCUGCAGACUGACAGAUAUACAGCACGCUCAGAAAGGUGACAUCACACAGAAGGGCUAUGAGAAGAAGCGAUCCAAGCUAAUUGGAGCCUACUUACCUCAAGCACCAGGAAUGGAUCCGUCCAUGGGCCAGGAGAGGAGAACGCCCGUCACCCCGUCGUCGUCCUCCCGCUACCACCGCCGGCGGUCUUCUGGCUCCAGAGACGAACGUUACCGAUCAGAUGUGCACACGGAGGCGGUGCAGGCAGCCCUGGCAAAGCACAAAGAAAGAAAGAUGGCGGUGCCGAUGCCUUCGAAGAGGCGGUCUCUUGUGGUCCAGAGCUCCAUGGACGCCUACACACCGCCAGACACCUCCUCGGGCUCGGAGGGCGAAGGUCAGGGGGACGGCGAUGAAGAAGAGGGAGGAGAAGGUGAAGAAGAAGACGGAGGAGGCGGUGGAGGAACCUCGUCCAGCCAGGAAGGGAGCAUAAGCAUGGAGCACUGGAUCAGCAGGGCAAUCCACGGCACCUCCUCCACCACCACCACCACCUCGUCAACGGCCUCCUCGUCCUCUUCCUCCACACGCAGCGGCGGGAGUGGGGCAGCGGCCGGCAGGCUGGCUGACGUGCUGGCCCAGCAUGUUCACAUUUCCUCUGCGCACCACCACCGCCACCACCAUCACCACCACCACCACCACAGUAAAGAGAACCACUCUGCCCCUCCAGAUGUCACCGGCUACACCAACAAUACCGCCAACGCCACCGCGACUGAUGGCAUCCAGGUGGAGAGAGCCCCGGGCGCUGGCACCGCAGCCCAAAGACAGACGCCCAAGUACGGCAACGCCGAGCUGAUGGAGACCGGAGAUGGUGUUCCAGUCAGCAGCAGAGUUUCAGCCAAAAUACAGCAACUCGUCAACACUCUGAAGAGACCCAAACGGCCGCCAUUAAGAGAGUUUUUUGUUGAUGACUUUGAAGAGCUUUUGGAGGUCCAGCAGCCAGACCCUAACCAGCCCAAGGCUGAAGGGGCACAGAUGGUACCCAUGCGGGGUGAGCAGCUGGGUGUGGUGACCAACUGGCCCCCUUCUCUGGAGGCAGCUCUUCAGAGGUGGGGCACCAUCUCUCCGAAGGCCCCAUGUCUCACCACCAUGGACACCAACGGCAAGCCGCUCUACGUGCUCACAUAUGGUAAACUGUGGUCCAGAAGUGUGAAGGUGGCGUACAAUCUGCUGCACAAACUGGGAACCAAACAAGAACCGCUCGUGAGACCUGGAGACCGGGUGGCGCUAGUUUUCCCUAACAAUGACCCCGCCUCCUUCAUGACAGCCUUCUAUGGCUGCCUGCUGGCGGAGGUGGUUCCUGUGCCAAUAGAAGUACCGCUGACCAGGAAGGACGCCGGCAGUCAGCAGAUUGGGUUUCUGUUGGGGAGCUGUGGAGUGACUGUAGCUCUGACCAGUGACGCCUGCCAUAAAGGGUUACCCAAGAGUCCCACUGGAGAGAUCCCACAGUUUAAAGGCUGGCCGAAGGUGAUGUGGUUCGUCACGGAGUCCAAACACCUCUCCAAACCGCCCCGAGACUGGUUCCCACACAUCAAGGAAGCCAACCAGGACACUGCCUACAUCGAGUAUAAGACGUGUAAGGACGGCAGCGUCCUCGGCGUGACGGUGAUGAGGAUAGCGAUGCUGACGCACUGCCAGGCCAUCACACAGUCCUGCUCAUACACAGAAGCUGAGACCAUAGUGAAUGUACUAGACUUCAAGAAGGACGUAGGACUGUGGCACGCCGUCCAGACAAGUGUGAUGAAUAUGAUGCACGUCAUCAGUAUUCCCUACGCCCUCAUGAAGGUCAACCCGCUGUCCUGGAUCCAAAAAGUCUGCCAGUACAAAGCCAAGGUGGCCUGUGUGAAGUCGCGGGACAUGCACUGGGCUCUGGUGGCCCACCGGGAUCAGCGGGAUAUCAAUCUGAGCUCCCUGCGGAUGCUGGUGGUGGCCGACGGUUCAAAUCCCUGGUCGAUCUCGUCUUGUGACGCCUUCCUCAACGUCUUCCAGACGAAAGGUUUGAAGCCGGAGGUCAUCUGCCCGUGUGCCAGCUCCCCCGAGGCGCUGACUGUGGCUAUACGCAGGCCGCUGGAGGAGGGCACCACCCCUCCUGGUCGCGGCAUCCUGUCUAUGCAGGGUCUGAGUCAUGGCGUGAUCCGGGUCGACUCGGAGGAGAAGCUGUCGGUGCUCACGCUGCAGGACGUCGGCUCCGUCAUGCCUGGAGGUCUGAUGUGUGUGGUGAAGCUUGAAGGUGUUCCCCAGCUCUGUAAAACAGACGAGAUCGGAGAGUUGUGCGUUUCUACGGUUGCCACGGGGACCUCGUAUUACGGCCUGGCCGGUAUGACCAAGAACACGUUCGAGGUCUUUCCCGUGUCCAACAACGGCACUCCCAUCAGCGAGUUUCCCUUCACCAGGACCGGCCUGCUGGGAUUCAUCGGACCUGCAGGUCUGAUCUUUGUUGCGGGGAAGAUGGACGGUCUGAUGGUGGUCGGUGGGCGUCGGCACAAUGCUGACGACAUUGUUGCUACGGCGCUGGCUGUGGAGCCCAUGAAGUUUGUAUACAGGGGACGGAUAGCAGUGUUUUCCAUCACGGUGCUCCAUGAUGAGAGGAUCGUGGUCGUGGCUGAGCAGCGGCCGGACUCGACUGAGGAGGACAGCUUUCAGUGGAUGAGUCGAGUUUUGCAGGCGAUAGACGGUAUCCACCAGGUGGGGGUGUACUGCCUGGCUCUGGUCCCCUCCAACACUCUGCCCAAGACUCCACUGGGUGGCAUCCACCUGUCCGAGACCAAGCAGCUCUUCCUGGAGGGGGCGCUGCACCCCUGCAACGUGCUCAUGUGUCCGCACACCUGCGUAACGAACCUGCCCAAACCCCGGCAGAAGCAGCCAGAGAUCGGUCCUGCGUCUGUGAUGGUCGGGAAUCUGGUGUCGGGGAAGAGGAUCGCCCAGGCCAGCGGCAGGGAUCUGGGUCAGAUCGAAGACAAUGACCAGGCAAGGAAGUUCCUCUUCCUGUCUGAGGUGUUACAAUGGAGAGCCCAGACCACUCCAGACCACGUCCUGUACACACUCCUCAACUCCAGGGGCACGAUAGCCAGCUCUCUGACUUGUGUUCAGCUGCACAAGAGAGCAGAGAAGAUCGCCGCCAUGCUGGCUGAACGGGGCCACCUGCAGGAUGGAGACCACGUUGCACUGGUCUACCCUCCAGGAAUCGACCUCAUCGUGGCGUUUUAUGGCUGCCUUUAUGCCGGCUGUGUGCCAAUCACGGUGCGGCCGCCUCACCCGCAAAACAUCGCCACCACGCUGCCCACCGUCAAGAUGAUCGUGGAGGUGAGCCGGUCGGUGUGCGUGAUGACCACGCAGGUCAUCUCUAAACUGCUGAGGUCCAAAGAAGCCUCGGCGGCCGUGGAUGUCCGGACCUGGCCUCCUGUCAUGGACACAGACGAUUUGCCAAAGAAGAAACCUCCUCUGCUGUAUAAACCGUCCAACCCCGACACCCUGGCCUACCUGGACUUCAGUGUCUCCACCACCGGCAUGCUCGCUGGAGUCAAAAUGUCUCACACAGCCACCAGUGCCUUCUGCCGCUCCAUCAAGCUGCAGUGUGAGCUUUACCCGUCCAGAGAGGUUGCCAUCUGCUUGGACCCAUACUGCGGCCUGGGCUUUGUCCUCUGGUGCCUUUGCAGUGUGUACUCAGGUCACCAGUCCAUCCUGAUCCCUCCGUCCGAGCUGGAAGUGAACCCGGCUCUCUGGCUGUCAGCCGUCAGUCAGUACAAAGUUCGCGACACCUUCUGCUCCUACAGCGUCAUGGAGCUCUGCACCAAAGGCCUCGGCCUGCAGACGGACUCGCUGAAGGCUCGAGGGCUGGACUUGUCUCGCGUGAGGACCUGCGUGGUUGUAGCAGAGGAGCGUCCCAGGAUAGCCCUGACGCAGUCCUUCUCCAAACUCUUCAAGGACCUGGGACUCCACCCCCGAGCCGUCAGCACCUCCUUCGGCUGCAGGGUCAACCUGGCAAUCUGCCUGCAGCCUCACAGGCUGGGAAAACUUGCCGACCAGGGCACCUCAGGACCUGACCCCACAACUGUUUAUGUUGAUAUGAGGGCGCUGCGACAUGACAGGGUCAGACUCGUAGAGAGGGGCUCGCCACACAGCCUGCCACUGAUGGAGUCCGGGAAGAUCCUCCCAGGGGUCAGAAUCAUCAUCGCCAACCCAGAGACCAAGGGACCAAUGGGAGAGUCACAUCUGGGAGAGAUCUGGGUGCACAGCGGCCACAACGCCAGCGGUUACUUCACCGUCUACGGGGAUGAGGCGCUGCAGUCCGAUCAUUUCAACUCCAGGCUCAGCUUUGGAGACACGCAGACCGUCUGGGCUCGGACCGGAUACCUGGGCUUCCUGCGCAGGACCGAGCUCACCGAUGCCAGCGGAGAGCGCCACGAUGCCCUGUACGUGGUCGGUGCUUUGGAGGAAGCCAUGGAACUCAGAGGGAUGCGUUACCACCCCAUCGACAUCGAGACCUCCGUCAUCAGGACACACAAGAGCAUCACAGAGUGCGCGGUGUUCACGUGGACCAACCUGCUGGUGGUGGUGGUGGAGCUGGACGGUUCGGAGCAGGAGGCCCUGGACUUGGUCCCCCUCGUCACCAACGUGGUGCUGGAGGAGCACUACCUGAUCGUGGGCGUGGUGGUGGUGGUGGACAUCGGCGUCAUCCCCAUCAACUCCAGAGGGGAGAAGCAGCGGAUGCACCUGCGGGACGGCUUCCUGGCCGACCAGCUGGACCCAAUCUAUGUGGCCUACAACAUGUAGCGCCCCCUGGUGGCUGACGAAUUAUUGAGGAAGAUGCAAAGACAAUUCUGUUCGAGAGACUGAAGGAAGGAAAAGCGGAGCCGAGGCAGAGUUUCCGGCACGAGGGGGAGGAGAUGGUCGACUUUUUUUGCCCUGAAUUUCGGUGCUUACUCCCAGGCUGCGUAACCGCUGCAAACUAGCUCCCAGAAUCCAGCGCUGGCAUCUAGAUUGCAUUCAGGUCAUACUCAGUCUGAGAGGAAGUGCGGUCCCCGGGUCGUGCCGACUGUUUACCGAAAAGUGGAAAACUCGCAGCAGUGGAGGACAAUCGUUAGGAAAGACCCGGCUUUUAAAGUGCGUGUGGCUCACUCUAUAUUUUCAUGUUAUUUGCUUUCCUUCCGUUUGUUUUUUAACAUGUCCUCGAAAAAGUUUAGGCUAUUUUUUUGAAAAGGAUAUUUACACACACAAAGAGAAAAAAACUAAAUGAUAUCGACCAUUACAAAGUGCGACAUAUGUUUUGAUACGAGGGCGGGGUCUGAGGGGAGCGCAUCGCAGCCGUCCCCCAGUUUUACGAUGAGGUACGUUUCUUUCGUAUUUUUCUUUUUUUCUUUUGGAAUCGUUAUUUCCUGAAGCCCCAUCUCAGCGGAAAGUCAGCGUGCUAAUUUUCAUAUACUAACAGCUGCAGCCUUCAACUCCGUUUAUUUUUCCGUACAAACUAACGGCUUCGACCGAAGCUAAACACAUAAAUUCAUAUCAUGUAAGUAUGUACAAACAGAAACUGAUUUAAUUUAUUUUGUUUCUCUGUUAGAAGUAUAUGACGAGACAUUCGAGAAUGUUUUGCUCUUGAAUAUUUGCUAAUAUUACGAAAAAGAAAAAAGCAUUGUAUUAUCUUGAGUGAAACAAACUCACAUCAAGCCUAUUAUUGAAAAUAGAAAUAUAUGAUUAUAGAUUAUAUUAAAGAUGAGCGUAAGGAUUAAUCCCAGACAAAAGCAGAAGCAUGAGGGGCCGUGUGUCUGCACGCUGGUCUGAAAUGUGUCAGAUGGAAAAUUAUAAAAGCGAUGCUCUGAGGAGUUUUAUUCCAGCUUUCGUGUGAAGAGUUCUGAUCCUGUCCUGGGAAUAAACAGAAACGUUGUUUUAUUCUCUUAAAUUAAAAAAAAAAAAAAUCCCUAAAAGUUCCCAAAAGUUAUUUUUAUAGUCGACUCUUUUUCAAUAACAGAGGAUGACAGUAAAACUUAGCCAGAAAUGUAAAGAAUCAGAAGUUUAGGUGUUAUUGAAAUGUUCAGUUUGAAUUUGCCUUUAUUUUACAUUUCUAUUUAUUAUUGGGGCAACUUUUCCAGCUCAGUCACAAGAAUAAUUAUUUGCCUACAAGGUGAUGGAGAGCAUUUAGUGUCAGGGCUGUUACGAUGUUAGAGUGAAGUAACAAUAUCAUCAUAAUAUCUGUAGAUAAUGUGAACAUUUUAGAUUAAUAAUUGAAAACUCAUCAACAACUUUGUUUUGUUGACUUUUUAAUCAUUUUAAAAGCCUAAAUGUCUCGUACCGUCUCUUAGUCAAAGUAAAGUUGUAAAUUUUAGAUCCUGACAAAUUUAUCACGUUUGCCGAUUUAUCAGUAGGAGCGUUUAGAUAUACUGAUCCAUGAAAAUUAAAGAAGAGGCGGG